AUGACUGAACCUUCGGCACCGCACUCUCAAUCUCCCCACGCCUUCUACUCUAGUUUCACAAACAGCCCCGCCAUCCAGAGGGGAUUCCGUGACAUUGACGAUGAGACUCAUUUCCGAGGCUAUCUAGCGCAUUUGCAAUCGUCGCAAACCCAGAAUUUCGUCUUGGAUUUCGGUAACGACGAUGCUUGGUGUGCAGUGAAUCUCAACCAUGAUGACAUCGCGUCGUUGUUGCGCAAACCCAAGCCCAAGUGUUUUGGAACCAGAUGGAUUAACAUUUGGAAUCCCGAAGAGCAAAAAGACAUUAUCAAGGCGAUCACCAGCCAAUAUGGUGUCUCGGAGCGUUUACAAGGAAUGAUGUGCACCGACCCGGUCGAGCGGCCGAAAUCCCAGGCAGAGGCGAAAACUCCGAAAACCGCAGCCAUCGAUCAAUCGCCCCGUGUACCUCGAAUGGAUGAUCUAGAAGAAGCACAUGGUUUGAAAAACACGGUCGACCCGGAGGAAUUAAGAGCAGUUGCAUCCUUUAGGGGCCUCACAUUUGCGCAUGUGACAAAUCAAAUCUGGCACUUUUGCUCCGUCGACCACGGUCAGAAAUAUACUUGCGUCGGGUAUAACUCGCUGUACAUCGUGCCGAAUGUGGAAACGUCGAAUGGGAAAGAUUUGCCAGAUGGACGACGAUUAUGGUCAUGGCUUAUCUUAUGCGAUGAUGGCACCGUGAUUUCCAUGCAGGAGAACCCAUUCCCCGGUUUAUACGGACCAGACCCGAGCGAACUGAAGUCCGUUCUUGGGGUGAUCCGCAGAAAUGUCCAGUUCAUCUUCUCCGGCGUGUCAAAACAGCACUCUGCCUCAUCCGAGAGUGACUCGCUGGUUACCAUUAGAGUACGACCUGCUCAUGGCGGUGGUCCCGAACAGGCGAGCAUCAAACAAGAGGACGGUGCUAGUCUGAUCUUUUAUUACAUUUUUGAUGACUGGAUUUCAACAUACGCGCUGGUAGCAAAGCGCGAGCAUGCAUACGGAAGGUCACUCGAUACCCUGAGAGAGCAAAUGCUAUCCAAACCAGUCGUUGAGCUGGUGAACGAGCUGCACUGGCUGGGCCGACGGUUGGCAGUUCUGAAGCGUCUGUAUCAGAGCUAUGAGCUUAUCAUGAUGCGGAUUCUGCAAAGACAACGUGUGUUGCGUGACGAGCACCGCAACCCUCGCACCACAUUCCCGAUCGGACACAUGGUGGGCGACCAUGACGUUGUGGAUCUUCGACAGUCGACUCUGCAGAGCAAUCUCAGUCUUUCGAGUAUCCCAGACACCCAGGUUGGCGUCCAACUGAGCUCUACGGCCGUCGCUCGCUUUGAAAGACUGCUCGACCGCAUCAAGCUGUACUGUUUAUCUGAGAUCGACACCUGUUUGACCGAAAAGGAAUCUCUAACCUUCCUGAAUUUCAACCUCAUCGCCCUCAAAGACUCGCAGGCGGUCGAGAAACUGACGCGAAUCACGGUCCUGCUGGCCAAGGCGACCAUCUUGUUUUUGCCCGUCAGUCUGAUGACCGGGUACUUCUCCACCGAACUCAAGGGGGUGAAGCACGUGUACACGACCGUCCAAUACUGGGUCAGCUUCGGCGUGAUCAUGUUUCUGUCUGUCGUGAUGCUCGCGAUGUUCGGAUACCUAAGCGACACGAUCGAAGGCAAGACUAUUUACAAAUCGCUGUUCCGGACGUUCUUCCGCAGUUCGAAGGACCGGUUGGCGCAGCGGCGGGAGGGAGUUGACCCGACUGGUCGUUGA